CUCAGAAAGUUGGUUGCGCGUGACUUUGAGGAUCUUCUGCAGUGGACCAUACCAGCCUUUGAAGGCAUACUACCCGCUCCAGCAGAUCACAUCGUGCAGCGGAUGCUGUUCUGUCUAGCGACCCAUCACGCAAUGGCCAAAUUGCGCCUCCACUCUGAUUCAAUGCUUACGAUCUUCGACCGUGUUACAUGCAGGUUGGGUGAAGCCAUGCUCACUUUUGCCUCAAAAGUGUGUCCGGAGUACAACACCUGUGAACUCGACAAGGAGCUGGCCACGCGGCAGAGGAGGAAGGCUAAGAAGGCAGCCAAGCACAAGACCACUACGACGACCUCAAAGCGUGUAUCGACCCCCGAGCCGAACAGCGCCGAGGAGAGCACACAUGUAGAGAAGCGCUACAACCUCAACACGUACAAGUUCCAUCAGGCCGGCGACUAUGUACGGGAGAUUCAUGAGACGGGGACCCUGGAUGGCACCUCAACACAGACAGUGAGAGCGUUCCAGCUUCGCCACAUGAUCAGGUAUUGA